CGCGAGAGUGAGGAAAGGAUAAAAAUGUAAUAUAGUGAAUUCCGGAGGAUAUCAUGGUAACAAGAAUGGACAAGACACGCUUGGAAAUGUAGGUCCUUAAAAUUUGAAGUUCUUGGCAACCAUCGCUCUUCCAGUCGCGGUCUCUUUGCCACUUUCAUCACAGAAGAAUAAGAACUACAUCCAAGAGUCGCAGAGGAUUCGCCAAAUGUAGAAACCAAAAUGACAAUAAUGGCAGCAAGAACAAAACUAAUAAGGUUUCUUUCUGUUUUUGUUAACAAUAACAGUAACAGAAUCCUGAAUUCCACAAGAUCCGCAGCAUGCUCUGCUGGACUGGCCAGGUAUUCGUCUGCUGCGGCUGUGGUGGCAACUGAGGCGGAUGUGGAUGUGGUUGGGUCCAGAGGAGUUGGGUUGGAGAUAUUAGGAGUGAAAGAUUAUGAGGAUUAUAGAAGGUCUUUGUAUGGUGAAAUUACUCAUAAGGCUUUGCUUGUUGAUGCCGUUGGUACUCUUGUUGUUCCUUCGCAGCCCAUGGCCCAGAUAUAUAGAAAGAUAGGGCAGAAGUAUGGAGUGGAAUACUCAGAGGAUGAGAUACUGAACAGAUAUAGAAGGGCAUAUGAGCAACCUUGGGGUAGAUCUCGGCUCAGAUAUGUAAAUGAUGGAAGACCUUUCUGGCAAUUCAUAGUCAGUUCUUCUACUGGCUGCUCAGAUUCUCAGUACUUUGAAGAACUUUAUAACUACUAUACUACUGAAAAGGCUUGGCACCUUUGUGAUCCUGAUGCUGAGAAAGUAUUCCAGGCUAUUAGAAAGGCAGGUGUAAAGUUGGCUGUUGUGUCUAAUUUUGACACUCGACUUAGACCUCUUCUGCGGGCCUUAAAUUGUGAUCAUUGGUUUGAUGCUGUGGCAGUUUCAGCUGAAGUUGCUGCUGAGAAGCCAAAUCCAACAAUAUUCCUAAAGGCCUGUGAGUUAUUGGGAGUAAAACCUGAGGAUGCUGUGCAUGUAGGUGAUGAUCGUAGGAAUGAUAUAUGGGGUGCAAGAGAUGCAGGCUGUGAUGCUUGGCUAUGGGGAAGCGAUGUCCACUCCUUUAAGGAGGUUGCACAAAGGAUAGGGGUGAAGAUUUGAGAGCAUUUUCAUUUGCAGCAUGUUGGAGGUUCUAUUUAUGUACAGGUACUGUAGAUCUUAGUAAGAGGUUCUGUGUAGUGGCCUGGCUGUACUUUGUAGAGGGGAGAGUUCUGAGGCCAUAGCCAGUGUUAUAACAGAACAGAUAGAGUAGAGGUAGUGAGCAAUAAUAUAGCCUUCUCUUUUCAA